AUGCAUCAGUUCCUGAGACAAAAAGAGGAGGAGGUGAAGAAACUCCUCAAGGAAAAGGAGGAGAAACUGUUGGACCCGAUUCAGAAACAGAUGAAGCGACAACACUACUGGGAGGUGGAGGUGGGAGAAGAACCAGACUGGGGUGUGGGGAUCAGCGGUAAACGUUCUGCUGGAACUGGUUCCCAGUGCAUCACGCUGUUCUUAGAACAGGACACAGGGCACAGCAUCACGUGUGACGCUCCUAAAACCCAUUUAGACAUCACGGUGCAGCCCAGGAAACUCCGUGUUUACCUGGACUAUUUCACCGAUCCGGUGAGUCUGCGGUGUGAACAUACUUUCUGUCGAAAUUGCAUCGUUACCAAUUUACAGUCGAGCCGCGGUUCAAGCCGCUGUCCCGAGUGCAGGAAGUCGUACACUCUUAGCGAUCUGCGUCCGAAUCGAUGUAUGAGAAACGUGGUGGAGGCGAUUCGGGACCACCUGAAGGAGCAGCGGCACUCCUCUGAACUGGUGUGCACUAAACACGACGAGAAACUCAAACUGUUCUGCGAGACGGAUCAAAAGCUUAUAUGUCUGAUCUGUAGAGAUGGCGAUGAACACGCAGGACACGUUUUUAAACCAGUAAACGAGGCAGCCAGGGACAAAAUGGAGAAAUCCAGACUCCUCUCAGCUCAGAUCUCUGCUCAGUUUGAGGAGAUGCAUCAGUUCCUGAGAAAGAAAGAGGAGGAGGUGAAGAAACAGCUGGAGGAGGAGGAGCAGAGAGCGCUGGAACCCCUUCAGAAGGAGAAAUCCAGGUUAGAAGGAGCGCUUGAGGAGAGAAGGACGAUUGAGGAGAUUUUAAAAUUGAGCCCAGAUCUGCUCCAGUCGGACAGAUUUAUCCAGUGGUGGAAUGAGAGAGGAUUUUCAGCAACAGAAAAACUGAAGAAAAUGAAGCCAACGUUUACAAGGUCGUCACACACACCUAAACAUAGUUCUGACUCUCUCCAGCUGGGUCCUUAUGAGACUCACCUGCAGUUCUUUGUGUGGAAGGAGAUGCUGGGAACCAUUAAACCAGUUCCAGAGCGUCUGACCAUUGAGCCUCAGUUCAUCCUGAGGGCGUCCUCGGACGGUCUCAGCGUCCGUCAGCCAGACAGGGAGAAGAACCAGGGCGGAGGCCGGAGGGACCAGGCCGAGUCAAAGGAGACGUUUAGGAGUGGACAGCACUACUGGGAGGUGGAGGUCGGGGAGAAGUUAGACUGGAGCGUGGGUGUCGUGAAAACAGGAAAACUGUUCGGCGAGGACAAGCCGUCGCCGGGAGCGGAGUCGAAGCUUCAUCUUAAACACGACCGCGGGUUCACGUUCACCAGCGACGGGAAGGAAACUCCCGUCCUGACCGACGUCCGGGAGAAACCCAGGAAGAUAGGGCUGUAUCUGGACUGUAAGAGACACCAGGUUUCCUUUUAUAACGCAGACAACAUGCGACUCAUUCACUCAGCCAGCAUCAGCUCCUGCCCACCCUACUCCAUCAGCCUGGGGCCUGGACUUUAUCUGGAGGGGAAGAAUGGAGAUCCACUGACAGUGUGCUGCUAUGGACCCAACUGCACAACAGAUCCAACAGUUACCGCAACUACACACAGAGCUCAGCCUGACUCCCAGUCAGUUUAA